GGAAUCUCCUGAAGGGCUGAGGCAGACGAGGGCCAGCACCUCUCCGAUCUCCAUGGGAUGAUGUCCGCUCCCGACCGGCGGCGUGCGGCGCGGAAUACCGCUGGGAAUGAAGUGCACGCUCGACAUUUGCUGCAUCUGCCCCAGAGUCAGGGUUCAGUGGCUGCCUCCCCUUCAACCAGCUGUUCCCUUUAAUCACUGCGCUUCCAACUUCUGCUUGGCAAUGCCUGAUGGCCAGUCGAGCCGAGAGAACUAGCACGAGAUUUUUAGGACCAGCUGAAAAAAAAAACCAACCCAACAACCCCAACCAAAAAACCAAUCCGAAACACCUAUACCUUUCAUUUUCCUAUUUCUGCACGGGACUGGCAAGGCACGCUUUAAACAGACACGUAAAGGCAUUUCUUUCCAAAGGAUUGCCACGUUUUUGAGUCCUUGCAAACCGGAGUGCCCAGGACGAUUGCUUUUUUUUAUUUUCCUGCCACAAAGUGAGGAACCGCGUGUGGUGCAGCCCCGCUCGGCGUCGGAGGCAGCGUGAAAGUGAGCCCGGGCUGGCUGAAGAGUGAUUCCAGUGCAGGGAGAGAGAGAGAGAGAGGAGAGGCUGAUAGAAUUAGUUGAAUGAUUUGAUAGAUAACAGCAGACAUGCUCUGUGGACUGAAAAAGGAUUUGCAUUCAGACUUCGACGAUGGCCCUUACUCGAAGGGGAGCAAGGACUCUGGGGGAAUGGACACAGCCCUGGUCUCCAGGAGGCAAAGCAUUCCAGAGGAGUUCAGAGGGGUCACCAUUGUGGAGUUGAUUAAGAAGGAAGGAAGCACCCUUGGGUUAACCAUUUCGGGUGGCACGGACAAAGAUGGAAAGCCAAGAGUUUCCAAUCUGCGACCAGGAGGACUGGCUGCAAGAAGUGACCAGCUGAAUGUCGGGGAUUACAUCAAGUCAGUGAAUGGCAUCAACCUGACCAAGCUGCGGCACGACGAGAUCAUCAGCCUGCUGAAAAACGUGGGCGAGAGGGUGGUGCUGGAAGUAGAGUACGAGCUCCCACCAGCUGUGCCAGAAAGCAGUGCUGGCAUUAUUCCCAAGACCAUUGAGGUGUCCCUCUACAAGGAAGGCAACAGCUUUGGCUUCGUGCUGAGAGGGGGAGCCCAUGAAGACUGGCACAAGUCCAGACCACUGGUGCUCACCUACGUGAGGCCAGGUGGCCCAGCAGACAGGGAAGGUUCCUUGAAAAUUGGGGACAGGCUGCUGAGUGUCGAUGGGAUCCCUCUGCACAGCAUGACCCACGCUGAUGCCCUCAACAUCCUGCGGCAGUGUAGCCAGGAGGCACUCUUCCAGAUCGAGUAUGAUGUGACCAUCAUGGAUACUGUAGCAAAUGCUUCAGGCCCCUUACUGGUUGAAAUAGCAAAGACUCCAGGUUCUGCUCUGGGAAUCACGCUGAUGACAGCCAUGCACCGGAACAAGCAGGUCAUUGUCAUUGACAAGAUCAAGCCAGCCAGUGUGGUGGACAGAUGUGGUGCAUUGCAUGUUGGUGACCACAUUCUCUCCAUUGAUGGCACGAGCACAGAGCACUGCUCCUUAUUAGAGGCAACUCAGCUUUUGGCUGCCACUUCAGAAAAUGUCAAGCUGGAAAUCUUACCUGUUCACCAAAGCAGGCUGCCUUUGAAACCUCCAGAAACAGUCAAGGUGCAGAAGAGUGACCACCACCACUGCUGGGACCCCUGUGUCAACUACUGCCACACCCACCAUCCUGGGCACUGCAAGACACCCACUUGGAACCAGACGCCUGGACAGGAUUACUGCAAAUCUCUGGUGGCUGCCAACUUUUCAUCUCCCACCAUGAAUGCACAGGGCUUCCCCUGCCAGAACUCGAACACGCUACCUCGCAGCUCUCACCCCAUGAGUCCCCGAACCACCAUGCUGAGGAGGAGGCAGAAGAAGAAAGAACACAAGAGCUCAUUGUCACUGGCCUCCAGCACCGUGGGUCCUGGCGGGCAGAUAGUCCACACGGAGACAACAGAGGUGGUGCUCAGGGGAGACCCUUUGAAUGGCUUUGGACUUCAGCUCCAAGGAGGCAUCUUUGCUACUGAAACUCUGUCUUCCCCGCCCCUCGUCCGUUUUAUUGAGCCCGACAGCCCGGCAGAGAGGUGUGGGCUUCUACAAGUAGGGGACAGAGUCCUUUCUAUCAAUGGCAUCGCGACUGAGGAUGGGACCAUGGAAGAAGCGAAUCAGCUUUUGCGUGAUGCUGCACUCACCAACAAAGUGGUGCUUGAGAUUGAAUUUGAUGUUGCAGAGUCUGUCAUACCCAGCAGCGGUACUUUCCACGUUAAAUUGCCCAAGAAAAGGGGUGUAGAGCUUGGAAUUACAAUCAGCUCUGCAAGCAGAAAGCCUGGGGAGCCUUUGAUCAUCUCUGACAUCAAGAAGGGGAGCGUAGCACAUAGAACUGGAACCUUGGAGCCAGGAGACAAGCUGUUAGCCAUUGAUAACAUCCGGCUCGACAAUUGCUCAAUGGAGGAUGCUGUGCAGAUUUUGAGGCAGUGUGAAGACCUGGUCAAAUUGAAGAUUAGGAAGGAUGAAGAUAAUUCUGAUGAGCAGGAGACAACUGGUGCUAUUAUCUACACAGUGGAACUGAAGCGAUACGGUGGCCCCCUGGGAAUAACCAUCUCUGGGACAGAGGAACCUUUUGAUCCCAUUGUCAUUUCGGGCUUGACUAAACGGGGUCUGGCAGAAAGAACUGGAGCCAUCCAUGUCGGUGACCGGAUAUUAGCGAUCAAUAACGUGAGCCUCAAGGGGAAGCCGCUGAGUGAAGCCAUUCACCUGCUGCAGAUGGCGGGGGAGACGGUGACGCUGAAGAUCAAGAAGCAGAUGGAGAAAUCCUAUCCCAAGAAAUCGGGGAGUAUAAACGAAGUGAGCGACCCAGAAGAUGAACUGAUGGACUCCCAGAAAACUAGCAAGCUGUCUGAGAUAUACUCCACCACAGUUCCUAGUGUGGACAGUGCUAUGGAGUCCUGGGAUGGUUCCGGCAUUGAUGCUGGGUAUGGAAGCCAAGGUACCUACGUGCCUCAGGCUGCAGGCAUAGCCCUCCAUCCACAUGAAUGGAGACACAGCAGGCAAAAGAGCAGCACCCCUCCUGGGGACCCCAGGAAAAACUACCCCUACAUGGAUGGAAGCUUCAGUGAAGAUGACUGGGACAAGCCCAGCAGAUACCCCACCCGCCAAAAUGGCCUUGAGACCACUCAUGAAGAUAGUUUUUGGCGUGUUUUUGGAGAAGCUUUGGAGGAUUUGGAAACAUGCGGCCAGUCUGAACUUUUGAGGGAGAUUGAGGCAUCCAUCAUGACAGGGAGCGUGCACAACCUGGGGCUCGAGAGCAGCAAACUGCUACUGGACUCUGUCAACCCAUCAGGAAUGAGCCCAUUGAGGAAAGUAAACCCCAGCUGUGAUGACAGACAGACAGAGGGCAGCAGCUCUCCUGCCAAGAAGAAUGAGAGGAACCUGGAUGUAAAGAAGAUUGAGAAGGAAAUGCAGGAAAUCAUGUCUCCUACCCCCCUCGAGUUUCACAAGAUUACACUCCACAAAGACCCGGAGAGUGAAGACUUUGGAUUCAGCCUGUCAGAUGGCCUGUUAGAAAAAGGUGUCUAUGUAAAUAUGGUCCGUCCGGAUGGGCCAGCAGAUCAGUGUGGCCUCAAGCCAUAUGACAGAGUACUUCAGGUAAACCGCAUCCGAACGAGAGACUUUGACUGCUGUCUGGCUGUUCCCCUGAUUUCGGAGGCUGGAGAUAAGCUGGACCUGGUGAUUAGCAGAAACCCCUUGGCACUGGCUGCCAAAACUCCUCUGGAGGGGAAGAGGGAGCGGCCGGCACUGUCAGCCCACGGUGCCGAGGUGAAGGAGAGCAUCCAGACACUCUGAGCAGCAGGAGCAGAGCAGAUGGCACCUGGAGCCCCUGCUGAGCUGUUGUGGUAUUUGGGGUGUUUUUCCUGGUUUUUGCACUGGUAUUUUUGGAAUGCUGAGUGUGCCAUAACCUGCAAGUGGGGAGGUGGGUCUUCAGGGCGCUGUCAUCUGUAGACCACCAAAUAUUGCUGGGAAGGUCUGAGCUGGAUGCAUGUCUCAGGCUAUGGGCAGUUUCUGGGUGAUGGGAAGAGCUGCUGACGGGAGGAAGAAGCAUCCACAGCCAUCCCCCAUGGCAGGGCAUCCUCUGCAUCCUGGCCGUUGGGAUGUAUGGGGUCCUGCCUUUAACACCCUCCUCACCCUGAAGGCCUUGACCAUCCUAUAAACACACAUGGUGCUAUUAUGCUUCUUGUUUGCUCAGUUAAUUGCAUACAGCAAGAUUGAAAUGUUUUUUCUUUUUUGUUGUGCCCAGCUCCAUCCUUUAAACACUCCCAAUGAAUUGGUUUCUGCAGUGCCUGGCAGUCCUCGUGCAGGGCUGCCAAGAGCCCUGUGUAGAAGACAUUUCAAAAUGUGCUUGUGAGUGGCUAGAUGCAAGUCCUGUUCAAAAAUUGGUAUUUGCAGCUGCCUCUGGACUCCCUGCUAGGGCUGAUACCUCAUCGAUUCCCAUGCGCAAUGUGGUGGCCUCUGCUGGGGCAGUUAUUACACAGCAGAAGGCCAAACCUGAGGCUAAAGGCCCUGAAUACCUGCCCAAAUCCCAGCCUUGUUCAUCCAGGCUGUAUGGAGAUGCAUGCAAGCCUGGCCUGUGCCCACAAUUGAAUAGCAGACUAGCCAUCUUCCCAGGGCUGUCCUUGACAUUUUGAGCUAAUAACCCCCUUGUCAUCUCCUGUCAGGCAGUGGCAUGAGAUGGAGGUUGUGUGUCCUAUGUCCCGCGUGGGCCAGGCAGGAUGUGUGCCCACACGGGUUUGGCUGCUCGCCCCUGAUCCCUUUGCCUGUUGCUGGCCUCUCUGUGGCUUUGCAAGCAUGUUGCCUCAUGGCCACUCCUCUCCCUCCUGAGAGCCCCCAACCCCACAGGAAAGAGGGGUGUGAUGUUUGCAUCAUGUUCCUCACCCCACUGCCAUGUCUCCCCUGUUAGCACUUUAUGAUAACGUCCAUAUCCCGGUGGUGGCCUGAGGCUGCCUUCAUCUCCCUGGGAAGGCUCAGGCACGGUGGGGAUAUGAGGAGUUUGCUCACCCAUAGUUCUGGUGCCCACUACCCCUGGUCCACAGUCACCCUUUCUGUUCCUCCAUGUUCUGGUGGUGCACAUAGUGUUGGGUGGGUCCAUGCCACGCGUUUGUUGCUUUGCUAAGCCAGGACUUGUGUCCCCUCCUGCCACCCCUGAGCUUCUUUGUGACUCUGACCCUCUGUGACAUCAGGGUAUUCCAGACAUGUGUCCUGCCCCAUCCAGCUGUUUGUCAUUGUAGCCAGUUUCUCUUUGAGUAUGCAAUAUCCCAUGCCAUUGCUGCCACUACCAGAUAAUGUGCCAUAAUUGAUACUGUGGAGCAUUGACAGUGCAGCCGAAAGUGUUUUUAUAUGCAAUAUUCUGAGCAGUGAAGCUCACUGGGGCUUCUUAUAGGUUUUUAAUGAAGACUUUUAUUAAAGGCUUUAAAAAAAAAAAAAAAAGGAAGAAAAACUUGGUCCUUGUACCCCUUCCUAUGCAUUUUGAAUGAUAUGAAGAUGAAAUGCAUUACUUAAAUGUGUAUUUUUAUCCAUAUAUUAGAGUGUAUUCCUUGUAAAGUAUUUUUAUAUGCUAAUUUUCUUAUGUAUCUAUGAAAGCACAAUAUUUAAAAGUACAGCAUUUCAAAGAAUAUUUUAGUCCUGUUUUGGACCUAUUUGUAAAUCUCUGUAUUUAAAUGGGAUUGCAAUGACUUUGACUUUUUUUUUAAAUUAAAUAAAAGCAAAGGAAAU